GUGCUACUUACGGUCGGAUGUUCCGUAACGCAGGCCGAUGACUCGAAGAUCGUCGGUGGCACGACCGCUAACGAGCGCAUCCCGUACCAGAUCUCGCUCCAGGUGCUGGUAAGCUCGUUCUUUGGCUUUGGGCCGAAGCGCUGGAUGCACAACUGCGGCGGCUCGAUCGUGAACGAGUACUACGUGGUAACGGCCGCCCACUGUCUGGACGGGAUGGACAUUAACCGGAUGUCGAUCGUGGCCGGUACGAACGAUCUGCGGAACGACAGUUCGAAGGGUACGCGCUACUUCCUCGAGUCGUACAUGAUCCACCCGGACUACAUCGAGCUGAACCGGAGCGACAUCGGCGUGAUGCGCGUGAAGGAGGCGUUCACGUUCAACGAGAACGUGCAACCGAUCCGCUACUCGUCCGACUUUGUCGGGGGUGGUGUGACGUGCCUGCUGACCGGCUGGGGCUACACCAUGCCGAUCCGUAUCGGAUCGACGCCCAAGGACCUGCAGGAGGCGGAACUGACGACGAUCACGAACGACCAGUGCCGGGAGCGCGGCAUGCCCGUUAACCCGACCGAGAUCUGUACCUUUACCCGCGUCGGACAGGGUGCCUGUGGGGGUGAUUCCGGUGGUCCGCUGGUGUGCAACAAUCAGCUGUCCGGCGUCGUUUCGUACGGUACGCGGUACUGUGGUAUCGGUGUGCCGGAUGUCUACACACGCGUGUCGGAGUUUGACUCGUGGAUUCAGGAAAAUACGCAAACCAGCGGUUCUGCCAGCGAUACGCCACCGGCUGGAGAGUCGCAACCUGCCUGAAGUGUGGCUCACAGAUUUCCAACCCUUCGUCCGGGAGUGAAGAUCUCAAAUCAUGCACCCUACUACCCAGCAAACAAAUAAAGUAAA